AUGUCCUGGCAAUUAAGGCUCGCCUCUAGCGUGCGGGCAUCUCCGCGGGCGUUCGUGACCCGGCCGAAUGGAGGACCCCUACUACGCCCGACUACACGCGGCGUUGCGGGGGACAUCUCCGCUGGAUCAGUGCCCUCCAUGACUCAAACCAGCGUCGCGUAUGCCAAGCGCACCCUAUCCACCACCCAGGCAAAAUGUCUCAGCGUCGAUAAUAUGAACCCCUCCAUCAAGGCGGCCAAGUACGCCGUGCGCGGUGAGCUCGCUGUCAAGGCUGAGAAGUACCGCCAGCGUCUGGCCGAAGGCGACAAGUCGUUGCCCUUCGACAGCGUCAUCUUCGCCAAUAUCGGCAACCCCCAGCAACUCGACCAGAAGCCCAUCACCUUCUUCCGCCAGGUCCUCAGUCUCGUCGAGAACCCGCUGCUGCUGGAGAACCCCGAGGCCCUCAAGAACUCCUUCGGAUAUAAGCAGGAUGUGAUCGACCGGGCCCACACCUUGCUCGCCAAUGUGCAGAGUGUCGGCGCCUACAGUCACAGCCAGGGUGCUCUGGGCAUCCGGAACAGCGUCGCCAAGUUCAUUGAGGAGCGCGAUGGCUUCCCCGCCGACCCCCAGGACCUGUUCCUGACUGCUGGUGCCUCGUCUGGUGUCAGUACCCUGCUCAAUGUCAUCUGCAACGACUCCAAUGCCGGCGUACUGGUUCCUAUCCCGCAGUACCCGCUGUACACCGCGACCCUGGCGCUUCUGAAUGCGCAGUGCGUGCCCUACCUUCUGGAGGAGCAGAAGGCGUGGGGUACCGACGUCAGCGCCAUCACCCAGUCCAUCAAGGACGCCAAGGCCGCUGGCACCAACGUCCGCGCCGUUGUGGUCAUCAACCCCGGUAACCCAACUGGUGCCUCGCUGAGCACCGACGACAUUAAGAAGGUCAUCGAUGUUGCUGCCGAGGAGAAGCUGGUCGUCAUGGCCGACGAGGUCUACCAGACCAACGUCUUCGAGGGCGAGUUCGUUUCCUUCAAGAAGCGCCUCCGUCAGCUCCAGCAGGAGCAGCCCGGCAAGUAUGACGCCGUGGAGCUGGUUUCCUUCCACAGCACCUCCAAGGGCAUGAUCGGCGAGUGCGGCCACCGCGGUGGCUACUUCGAGUUGGUCGGCUUCGACCCUCUGGUCCAAGAACAGAUCUACAAGCUCGUCAGCAUCGGUCUGUGCCCGCCGGUCGUUGCACAGUGCCUCCUCGAGACUAUGGUCAACCCCCCUCGCCCUGGCGAGCCCAGCCACGAGCUGUAUGAGAAGGAGUACAACGGUAUCCGGGAUGGUCUGCACAAGCGCGCCUUCGCUCUGUAUGAUGCCUUCCAGCGCAUGGAGGGUGUCGAGUGCCAGAAGCCCCAGGGUGCCAUGUACCUCUUCCCCACCAUCAACCUCCCCACCAAGGCCAUUGAAGCCGCCACGGCUGAGGGCCGCGCCGCCGACGAGUUUUACUGCCUGCGCAUGCUCGAUGCCACCGGUGUCUGCGCCGUCCCUGGCUCCGGCUUCGGCCAGAAGGAGGGCACGUUCCACUUCCGCACGACCUUCCUCGCUCCCGGCACCGACUGGGUUGAGCGCAUCGUCAAGUUCCACGCGGAGUUCCUGGACAAGUACCGGUGA